AUGGCCUCAAGACAAUCACAAAGACGAUUAACCAAGGAAUAUAAAGCUAUUCAACUAACACCACCACCAUACAUCACAGCCAAGCCCAACGAUGAAAACGUAUUGGAAUGGCACUAUAUCAUCACAGGGCCACCCAACACUCCAUUUGAGCAUGGUCAAUACCAUGGGUUAUUGAGAUUUCCCCAAGAAUACCCAUUCAAACCACCUUCGAUAUCAAUGAUUACUCCCAAUGGACGAUUUGCUUGUAAUACAAGAUUAUGUUUAUCAAUGAGUGAUUACCAUCCAGAUACUUGGAAUCCUGCUUGGAGUGUAGCGACAAUAUUGACAGGUUUACUUAGUUUUAUGACUGGUGAUGAAUCGACAACGGGGUCAAUUACAACAUCGGAGAAUGUGAAGCGAAAAUUGGCUCGUGAUAGCAAGAAGUGGAAUGUGAGAGAGAACCCCAGGUUUGUCAAACAGUUUCCUGAUGUCGUUAAGCAAAAUAAAGAGGAAAUUGCCCGUGCUGAACAAGAACAAGAGGCAGAAAGACAAAGGCAGUUAGCAAAUGGUGAUGGUGGUGUUGGUGUUGGUGCAAAUGGCGCAAGCGCAGGUGCAGAGAAGGCUAUUGAUUUGUCUCAGUUGGACAAGUUGGAUCCUGAAGAUAGAGCUAGGUUGUUGAUUGAGCAUGAAAGGCAGUUGUCGGUAGUCAAUAAAGCGGGUGCCAAAGGAACCGUCGGUGGUGGUGCCGCAGGAACAGGAGGAGCAGGAGGUGGCGGUAGCUUUGGUAGCUUGACUGCUCUAGUGGGGAUACUAGUUGCCGCUUUAUUUGCUGCUUACUUCGGUAUCAUGAAGACAGGUUGA